ACUUGUUUUGAUUGACGAAAGACGGAUGGCGACGACGACUACGACGACUUCGCGCCCCAGUCAGUCUUUAUCAUGACUUCGUACGAUCAUGAUCGGCGCGUGUGGAGCGGUCCGCGGCAACCGUGCGUCUUCAAUCCGGCGUGUAACUUUGGCCAGAUCGUGCUGAACCUGCUCGAACGGUCGGCGGAAAAGGUAAUCCAAAUCGAUGGCGAUACCGGCCGUACCAUGACCCGGUCCGAAAUGCGGCUUCGUGUAGUGCGGGUGGCCCAGAAUCUGCAGAAGCUCGGUUACGGCGUCGGCGAUAUCGCAUCCGUCGUGGCAGUGAACAGUGAAAACCUGGCGCCACUCAUACUGGGUCUGCAGGUAAUCGGCGUUGGAUUUAAUGCCCUGGCACCGACCUUCGACGAGGAGGAAAUGGCACACAUGAUGCGGCAGACACAAUCGAAGCUGGUGUUUUGCGAUGCUAAUAAUUACGGCACGGUGAAAGCCGCCGCCGAGAAGGCGAUUAUUAGCGAACAGUUUCGGAUAUUCGUGAUGGAGGAUGCACACGAUGAGACGCUGUCGGUGGAUCAGCUGUUGAAACCGACGGGGACGGAACAUGUGUUCUACCCCCGGUACCUUGGCGACUCCUACAAACUGAUAGCGAACAUAACGUGCUCCUCGGGCACGAUGGGUCUACCGAAAGGCGUGUGCUUCUCCCACGCUCAAACAAUCUCCGGAUUCUGUAAAGUAGCGAACUUCGACGACGGAAUCUGUUUGAACUUCAGCACACUCUACUGGGGCACCGGAGUCUACGUGCUGAACAUGUCAGUCAUGAACAACUCCACUCGACUGAUCACACGACGAACCUUCUCGGUGGACCUCUUCUUUGAACUUAUCCAAAAGUAUAAGAUCAAAUUUUUCUACACACCAGCCUCCUACGCUGCGGCCAUCAUCGCUGAUCCACGGGUCAGGAAAACAGACAUGUCCAGUAUUAAAUUUUGGGCUCUCGGUGCUUCCAGUGUGUCCGAGACGAUUCGCGAUGCUGUGGAUGAUGUGCUGAAACCUACCGGAAGAUCUUACAACUUCUACGGAACGUCCGAGUGCGGUUUUUUGGCGGCUGACUUCUUAAAACGGAAACCGAAUGCGGUCGGAAAGGUCGGAACGAACAUGCAGGUUCGCAUACUAAGCGACGACGGCGAACCGCUUGGAGUGGGCGAACAAGGUGAAGUUGUCGUCAAAUCGGUUGGGAUACCAUUCAUAGGUUACUACAAAAAUGAACAAGCAUCCCGGGAAGCGCUAGACAAAGAUGGAUGGUUCCUAACGGGAGAUAUUGGCUUCUUCGAUGAAGAAGGAUAUCUCCACUUGGUUGAGCGGAAGAAAGACAUUUUGAAGUACAUGGGUAACCAGGUAUCGCCAUCGGAAGUGGAAGCUGUCAUUCAGCAAAUACACGAAGUACUGCAAGUAUGUGUUACCGGAAUACCGAACAAGGAUAACACAUCCGAUCUGGUGACGGCGGUCAUUCGGAAGUACCCAAAGUCGGAUUUGUCGGCCGAAGAUGUGAUUGAAUAUGUGGCGAACCGUUUGAGUGAUCCCAAACAUCUGCGGGGAGGUGUGUACUUUGUGAAUGAAUUCCCCAUGACGACAAAUGGGAAGAUUAUAAGACGGAAGGUACGACAGAUGCUACAGGAAGGGGAAAUACAAUAAAACUCUAUAUAUAUAAACACUGGUGUGGCGGUACACAA